CCCCGCCCCGCGGCGCCAUGCUGGCCCGGAAGAGCAUCAUCCCGGAGGAGUUCGUGCUGGCGCGGAUCGCGGCCGAGAACCUGCGGCGGCCGCGCGUGCGGGACCGGGCGGCGCGCGCGCGCUUCCUGGCCAAGAGCGGCGCCUGCAACCUGGCGCACAAGAACAUCCGCGAGCAGGGCCGCUUCCUGCAGGACAUCUUCACCACGCUGGUGGACCUCAAGUGGCGCCACACGCUCGUCAUCUUCACCAUGGCCUUCCUCUGCAGCUGGCUGCUCUUCGCGCUCGUCUGGUGGCUCGUGGCCUUCGCGCACGGCGACCUGCACGCCUACAUGGACGCCGCGGCCGCCGCGGCCCCGCCCCCGGUGUGCGUCACCAACGUGCGGUCCUUCGCCUCCGCCUUCCUCUUCUCCAUCGAGGUGCAGGUGACCAUCGGCUUCGGAGGCCGGAUGAUGACGGAGGAGUGCCCGCUGGCCAUCACGGUGCUCAUACUGCAGAACAUCGUGGGCCUGAUCAUCAACGCCGUGAUGCUGGGCUGCAUCUUCAUGAAGACGGCCCAGGCCCACCGCCGGGCCGAGACGCUCAUCUUCAGCCGCCACGCCGUCAUCGCCGUGAGGAACGGCCGUCUGUGCUUCAUGUUCCGCGUGGGGGACCUGAGGAAGAGCAUGAUCAUCAGCGCCUCGGUGAGGAUCCAGGUGGUCAGGAAGACCACCACCCCCGAGGGCGAGGUUGUGCCCAUCCACCAGGUGGACAUCCCCGUGGACAACCCCAUCGAGAGCAACAACAUCUUCCUGGUGGCCCCGCUGAUCAUCUGCCACGUGAUCGACAAGCGCAGCCCCCUGUAUGACAUCUCGGCCAACGACCUGGCCACCCAGGACCUGGAGGUCAUCGUCAUCCUGGAGGGGGUGGUGGAGACUACAGGCAUCACCACCCAAGCCCGGACCUCGUACGUGGCCGAGGAGAUCCAGUGGGGCCACCGCUUCGUGUCCAUCGUCACCGAGGAGGAGGGCGUGUACUCGGUGGAUUACUCCAAGUUUGGCAACACGGUGAAGGUGGCCGCUCCCCGCUGCAGCGCCCGGGAACUGGACGAGAAGCCGUCCAUCCUCAUCCAGGCCUUGCAGAAGAGCGAGCUGUCCCACCAGAACUCGCUGCGCAAGCGCAACUCCAUGCGCAGGAACAACUCCAUGAGGAGGACCAACAGCUCUCUGCGCAAGAGCAACGCAGCCCUGCUGGUCCCCAAGGUCCAAUUCGUGACCCCCGAGGGCAGCCAAGGCCCAACUGAAUCCUGACCGCAAGAUAUCCAACUUGGAUGGGAGUUUGGA